ACUUAACCUCCUCACCUCACUACCCUUCCUCGUCGCGAGCAGGACAAGGGCGAGCGUCGCACUACUCAGCAUCAUCCUCGCCCCGUUGAUCCUACCUUUUGCACUGCCAAACAAGCGCCUCCUCAUCUUCACACUCGCCCGCCCGCCAUGUCGCAGACUCCCGUUCUGCCGCCCGGGUGGAUCGCCCAGUGGGAUCAACAGGCCGGCCGAAACCUCUACGUAGAGCAAUCGACUGGUCGCUCCAGUUGGCAGCCCCCCAACACCGCCCUCUCGCCAGGGCAAAGGCCUACCCACAACCAGGGAGCAGCGAGGAUGUCGAUGCCGCCCAUGCAGGGACCGCCAGGCAUGAGGCCACCUCCUUCCAUGUCGGGCGCACCAGGCGGAGGCACCCCUGGCCAUGAGGGGGCUACCUCACCGCCUCCCUCGGGCAUUCAGGGCUCUCGUAGGAGAGCCUAUCCGACUGCCCAUAUGGCCGCUAACAGUGUCAGCUACAGUGGGGGAUUCGAUGCUGGAGCGCAGGCAGCAGCAGGUGGAUUCGCUCCUUCGCCUGCUAUGGCGCCCGUCCAGGAGCAGCCUCAGUACUUUACGCCCGGGGUACCAGAGGCAGCGCCCGCUGCUUCUCACCCCUAUGGUGGAAUGCAGCAGCCGCAGCACCAACAAGCGCAGAACGGUCAGCCAAUGGGCGGCCAAGGUGGAUACCCCGGCGCACCAGGAGGAGCUGGCAUGGCAGGGUUGGCGAAUCAAUUUUCCAACAUGGGAGUGUCGGGGCAGCAGAGAGGGAACUCACUCUACACGGUCAACCUCUCUGGAAUGCAGCCAAAUGUCAACGACAUCGAGCGACCUCCUCCGGAUAUCAAGUUGCCAGCCAAUGCGUGCAUCACCAACCACCCAAAAGCCAAUGCAGACCCCUCGUAUCAGCGCUGUACCCUCAAUGCAGUCCCCUCGACAGCCUCGCUGCUCAGCAAGUCGAAGCUGCCCUUUGGUAUCGUUCUCUCCCCCUACCGCAGUGUGCGCCCGGAAGACGGCGAUGAGCCCGUACCCGUUGUAACGGACUCGGUCAUUGCUCGAUGCAGGCGGUGCAGGACCUACAUCAACCCUUACGUCCAAUUCAUCGAGGGCGGACAGCGAUGGAAGUGCUGCAUGUGCAACAUCACUAAUGAGGUCCCUCAACUCUUCGACUGGGAUCAGGAGACGAACCAACCUGCAGACCGCUGGAAGAGAGCUGAGCUAAACCACGCCGUCGUCGAAUUCAUUGCCCCUCGCGAAUAUAUGGUCCGCCCGCCGCAGCCACCCGUCUACGUCUUCCUCAUCGACGUCAGCCAUCAGGCGAUUCAGAGCGGCAUGGUGGCGACGGCAGCCAGGACCAUCCUCGAGACCCUGCCUAGGCUUCCGAAUGCCACCGACCGCACCAAGGUUGCCAUCAUUGGUGUGGACACAAGUCUGCAUUUCUUCUGCCUUCCCCCCGGUGCAUCUGAGGCAGAAAUGCUCGUCGUCAGCGACCUCGACGAUGUCUUCCUCCCGAAGCCAAAUGACAUCCUCGUCAACUUGAGCGAGAACCGCACGGGCAUCGAGGCGCUCCUCAACCGCUUCGGCGACAUGUUCAAGGACAAUACAGUCGCAGGCUCCGCUCUCGGCGCAGGGCUGCAAGCGGCAUACAAGCUCAUCUCGACCAUCGGCGGCAAGAUUCUCACCCUUACGGCUACAAUGCCCAGUGUCGGUCCUGGAGCCCUGAAGCGACGAGAUGAUGCCAAGCUGCUGGGAACAGCAAAGGAGAGCACCCUCCUGAGCGCUGCUUCCACCUUCUACAAGACUUUCCCUAUCGACUGCUCCCGCAGCCAAGUCUCGGUGGACAUGUUCCUCUUCAGCACCGCAUACACGGAUGUCGCCACCCUCUCCUGCCUGCCGCGAUACACUGGUGGUCAAACGUACUUCUACCCUGCCUUCCAUGCCGCUAGAGCUGAGGACGCGGUCAAAUUCUCCCACGAGCUGGGUCAUGUCCUCUCCUCCCCCAUCAGCUACGAGGCCGUGCUCCGCUUGCGUGCCACAAAGGGGAUCAGGGCUAUUGGAUUCCACGGCAACUUCUUUGUGCGUUCCACGGACCUGCUCGCUCUGCCGGCCGUUCCGCUCGACCAGAGCUACGCAAUCGAGUGCGAGAUCGAGGAGCCCAUCGCGGCGCCAUUCGUCGUCUUCCAGUCCGUCGUCCUGCACAGUACCAGCACGGGCGAGAGGCGCAUUCGUGUUUGCAACUUGGCCCUGCCCACCACGACAAACAUGUCCGAGAUCUACGCGAGCGCGGACCAGGUGGCCAUCGUGGCCCUCCUCGCCAACAAAGCCGUCGAGCGCUCUAUCCAUGCCCGACUGGAGGAUGCGCGUGAUGCCUUGACAAACAAACUGGUGGACAUUCUCACCACAUACAAAAACACGAUGACUUCCGCCGGGCAGGGUGCCUCCGCUCAGCUCAACGUCGCGAGCAAUAUGGCACUUCUGCCGCUCCUGAUCCUCUCACUUCUCAAGCAUGUCGGCAUCAGGCAAAGUUCUCAGAUCCCUCCAGAUCUCAGGGCCUACGCGCAAGCGCUGCUCACCACCAUGCCCGCUCAGCUCCUGAUGCCAUACCUCCAUCCCAACUUCUACUGUUUGCAUAACAUGCCGGCCAACGCGGGGACGGUAGAAGAGAUCCCUGGACCACCUGCGGCCCCUGCAGCAAAGCCUGAGGGAGACGAGAAGGACGGCGAGUCCGCUUCUGCGCCGGCGAUGAUCCGUCGCACCGUCUUCCCUCCGAAGCUCAACCUGACCUCUGAGCGUCUGGAGCGCCACGGCCUCUACCUCCUGGAGGAUGGACAGCACGUCUUCCUUUGGGUCGGCCGCGAUGCUGUACCCCAGCUGACGCUGGACGUCUUCGAUUCGCCUUCAUACUCGGCCCUGCGCGGUGGCAAGACUACCCUGCCCGUGCUGGAGAACUCGAUGAAUAAACGCGUGAGAGCCCUGGUGGACGCGGUUGCUACGAUGAGGAGAGGACCGUACAAGCCUACUGUGUACGUAGUGAAGGAGGAUGGGGAGCCUAGCCUCAGGUUGUGGGCGCUGAGCUUGUUAGUGGAGGAUAGGUUCGAAGCUAGCCCCAGCUACUCGCAAUUCUUGGGAACAUUGAGGAGUAAGGUCAAUGGGAGCUCGUAGAGCGGGCAAAGCACGACGCGGAGUCUACCCUCUGUGGAGAUAAGGCGGAGGCGGGCAGAGGCGAUGGGGCGAAGCUACAAAGGACUGGGCGAGAGGAGUAGGAAAAGAUCUUGUGAGGUGCUCACACAUUACCAUCGACAUCAUCAUUCAGUGCCGGUCGGGAGGACCGGGGCAAGCGAAGGGACCCUUGGAUCUGGUCCGGAGGAGAUAGUCCGGAGGGAGAGGCCAUACUCCCUUUCUCUCAACUCUUUCUUGUAUCUUCGUCGCGCACGUUCCAUGUCAUUAGUCUACAUUCACACGCAGCGUCUGCGUCCGGCAAUGACUCGCAGUGAGAUCAGACCCAUUGGCAUGAUG